AUGCGUACACUAGCAUAUGAUAUCAACUAUCCAAGCAAACCUGCUGUUGACGUUAAAUGUGAUAGUGCUGAGACUCGGAAGUACAUCAGGAUUAGUGAGAAGUACUAUUUUAUUGAGAGAUCAAAGGUGAACUGGUUCGAAGCUGCACACACAUGCCGUCGGUUUGGUGGAGAUCUGGCAUUGAUUGAAUCAGCCGAUGAGAUGAAUAAUAUUUCAAAGUAUCUUGCAAGUCAGGACAUAAAUGGCUGGUUCUGGAUAUCGGGCAACGAUCUUAUCACAAAUCAUCAGUUCAUGUCUUUAGCAAACGGAUUGCCAUUGUCAUUUACUUCUUGGUCGGUUGGUCAGCCCGACUAUCCUGGUGUUGAGCACUGUGUGCACUUGUGGUUUAGAGACUCAGCCUUCCGAAUGAACAACUGGGUGUGCACUGAAAAGGCGAAUUUCCUGUGCCAGAGGCAGAAUUAUACGCGCUGCAGAGACUCCUGGUAG